CCGUAUUUACUGCGCUUACAGCUGUGCGGAUGUGACGUCACCGCCUCGCGAGAUGAGACGGGCGAGUUCGGCAUUAGUCGCAAGAGCCGGAUAUUAAUGGCGGAGCAGCGAUUCGGGAGUGCGGGUUGUGCUGAGAGAAGCGGGACAUUUGUGCGCUCCUUCCAGACUAUGGCUGCAGCAACAGCAGUGCACGAUACAUCAGAAGCUGUCAAGCUCUGUGGCUCUUGUGGGCUUUUCUUAAAGCCAAUCACCAAAAUGCUCAUCAGCGUGGCACUACCCCAGCUCAAGCAAACUGGGAAGUCCAUUUCAAACUGGGAAGUAAUGGAACGUCUGAAAGGCAUGGUGAAUAACCAUCACUUUUCCACCUUACGCAUUUCAAAAAGCACCAUGGACUUCAUCAGGUUUGAAGGGGAAGUGGAGAACAAAAGUUUGGUGAAGACUUUUCUAGCUGCGCUUGAUGGGAAGAGUAUAAAGCUAAGUGGAUUCUCUGAUAUAUUAAAAGUCCGAGCGGCUGAGUAUAAAUUAGACUUUCCCACCAGACACAACUGGGAUUCUUUUUUCCGUGAUGCAAAGAAUAUGAAUGAGAGCCUUCCAGGGGAAAGACCGGAUACAAUUCAUUUGGAAGGCUUGCCUUGCAAGUGGUUUGCGCUGAAGGAUUCGGGCUCAGAAAAGCCAAAUGAAGAAGUUCUUAUCAAGGUCUUCAGUUUGUUUGGGGAAAUACGGAUGGUGGAUGUACCUAUGCUGGAUGCCUAUAGAGAAGAAAUGGCCGGCAGGAGUUUCCAUACUUUUAGCUUUGGUGGCCACUUGAACUUUGAAGCCUACGUGCAGUACAAGGAAUACGUGGGAUUUGUAAAAGCCAUGAAUGCCCUGCGUGGUAUGAAACUUAUGUACAAAGAUGAAGAUGGGAAAGCCGUGGCCUGCAAUAUUAAGGUUUCUUUUGACUCAACCAAACAUUUAAGUGAGGCAUCCAUUAAAAAGCGCCAGCUUGAACAGCAGAAACUUCAGGAACUGGAACGACGCAGGGAAGAGCAGAAUCGGAAGGAAAAAGAAGCAGAAGAGAGACAAAAGGAGGAAGAGCGUAAACAGAAGGAGUUGGAGGAAGUAGAAAAGGAACGGAAACGCAUUGAGAAAAUCAGACGAACCGAAGAGAAACAGAAACGAAAAAACAAAAAAAAAUUGCAGAAAAUCCAGGCUGAGGAACAAAAAAAAUUGCAAGGAAAAAUCAGAUUUGAGGAGAGAAGGCUCUUGUUGGCUCAGAGGAAUUUGCAGUCCAUCAGGAUAAUUGCAGAGCUGCUGAGCCGAGUUAAGGCAACAAAGCUCCAUGAACAGGAAGAGAUGGAAGCAGAGCGAUUUCGCUUAUUUCAGUUAGAAGAACAAAGAAAGGAACAGGAGGCAGAACUUAGGCGUGUGGAAGAAGAAAAACAACGGGCCCAGGGACUUCAGUGCAAAGAAAGAGAAUUAAGAGAAAAGCUUGUAAAGAGUUUCUUUAAUAGAAGUAUGUGUUCUGACGGUGAAAUUCAAGACAAGUGCAAUCCAUUGUUUUGUUUCCCACUGAAGCCCAGUGGAAAUAUUCAUCAUGAAGCACACAAAUACGUUACAUCUACCUCUACUCAAACACCUUCAGCUAAUGAGCCCUUAAAGCUGCACAGUCUCAUUAAAAAUGGAGUUUGUUGUGAAGUGUCUGCUCUGCAGGAGUAUAAACAAGCCAAUGUCCUACCUGAGAAAGCUCUGCACAUUAUGUCUUUGCACAGCAUUAAUGGUAACAGCACUCAACCUAACCCAUCAGCUGAUGUAGAGAAAUCCAGCAUGAAAGAGUCAGAUGCUGAGCAGAAAGAACAGCAGAAACGUGGAAUAAACUGUCAGACUGAGGACAAAGUGAGCAAGUCAAAACACAAACGUCAUGUAAGUAGUGACCCACAUAAAAAAGUAAAGAAGUCCACCAAAACCCAUUUUACUGGAGACCGCAGCCCACGCCGAAAAAGUAGCAGCAGCCCUACAUUUUCCAAACAUAAAAGUAAACCGCUAAAGGACAGACUUGAUCAUAAACGCAAAAGACAUCAUAGAAGGUCGUACAGUAGAGAGAGAGAAUCCUGGAGGAGCUGAAAUGAUGGAUAGAAGACUCAGGAUAUUGCGCUAUAAUUAUUGCAUUCAGUUGGGACUCUUUUGUCAUUUAUUUUACAGCGGCCCACCUUUUAUUUUUCACUAUCAUUUUAAAGUCUGUGUUUGCUGAAGCUUUUCAAGGGGAAAUACUUUGGAUACCUUUCUGUAAAAAUUACAAAAUUACAUUCUUUCUCUCUAUAUCUGACAGUUGCACCUUUGCCUUAAGGGGUUUCUACAGUGAAAUAUUAGUCAUAUGCUACUGACAUACCUGCCCAAUCCUCUGCUGGUGGAAACAUAGUGCCCCCCAAAUACUGCUCCUGACAUUCACUUUUUAUCUAUCACAGGGAGGAUCUAGGGCUGACAAUGCAAAGUUAAAGGGAUUCUAUCUGAUGUAGUUUUUAUUUCUAAAUGACACUGUUUACACUACAAAUAAUUGACUGUACAAUAUAAAAUGUCAUUCCUGAAGCA